UUGCUUGUUAACAGAAAACAUAUUUGAUAAAAUGUUUAUGUGUACGGUGCUUUGAUUCAAAAACGUGUUUAGUAGGCUAGUAUCAAAACAAAUUAUUCAACAAAUCAGUACGUAAACAAUUAACAGAAUGGUCGUUGAACUCAAAGGUGGUUUCAGAACUCUCUGGCUACGAUUCGAUUCGACUUGCUCCGCACCGCAUCAAUUGUUUUUCAAAGAACAUUCCGUUAGAAACCAAGAACCGGAAUAUCCUAGAGGGCGAACACUCUUUAUACUCAAUGUUCCUCCCUGGGCAAGCUGCGAGUCGUUGAAAGAAACUUUUGCUAAACUUUGUGGGCCUGUAACCUCACAGAAAUUGAGUUCUGACAAACUUGUACAUUCAAAGCAAGACUUUGGUAAAAUUUAUAUAGUUUUUGAAAGAGAAUCUAGUUUGGAUAAGGCAUUGGCAAUUCCUCCGCAUACCACACUGACUCUGUACGAGGGUGAUAAAGAACCCAACACUGUUGGGUUGACUUACUGGUUUAAAGAAUACAACAGAACGGUGAGACAGGGUGAGGCAUCAAUGAAAAGAGAUAUAGAAAAAUACAUGCGUGCAUAUGACAAGAGAGUAGCCGAAAGUCUUGCAAACGGCGGUAACGUUGAGGAAGUGGAUCAGGAUGGUUGGGUAAAGGUGACGAGUAAAAAGAAGCGAGGACAAUUUGCACCAGCAAGGAAAGAAUCAACAAUUAGCAAACUGCAGAAAAAGGAAGAGGGCAAAAAUCGAAAGAAAGAAUUGCUCAACUUUUACACCUUUCAGAUUCGAGAAUCUAAAAAGCAGCAUAUUGUAGAACUGAGGAAAAAAUUCGAGCUGGACAAGAAGAAACUUGAGCAGCUGAAGACAAAAAGAACUUUCAAACCCUUCUGAUGUACUUUAAAGAAGAUAUUUAUGUGACGAUCUGUAUUGAUGUAGAAAAAAAAUAUAUUCUGAAAUAAUUUACAAAAUGUGGUCUAAUGUGAUCACAGUGUUACGAUGCUUUGGAGGCAUAUGUUUGCAAUGUCCAUUCGAUCAGGAAGUGCCUGACUGCCAAAGGCUGCAAUAGGCCAAGUAAUUCUUCUGCAAAAAAAAUAGUUUUUAAAUCAGACGCAGCUCAAUUUUGUACUACCAAUAGAAUAAAUAAAAAAUUAUCGAGCUUA